AUGGAUUCUCUCCCUUUGCCAAGAGGGUAUGAUCUCAAUGCGACUCCAGUCACCGCAUCUAAUCCCUCCAUCUUCGAGAGCACAAACGUCCUCCACUCCCAUCUCGAAAAGCGCUACACAACCGUCUCCAUUCCCUCCACCUACGGCAACCUCAACUCCAGCCCCCUACCCGGUACGGUUGUCGGCAUCGUCCUCGGCAGCGUAGGUGGCGUCGUCCUCAUCAUGUACUUGACAUUCCUGGCCCUGAACCCCGGCGGCCUGGCACGCGGGAGCUCAAGCUCCGAGAUCGACGAGGAAGUCGUCGUCCGCAGUCGGCGCACGCCAUCGCGGCGUAGCGAGGUGAUUGAGGUCGUUGAGGAGCGCGACCACCGGCGGGACAGUUAUCGGCGCCCGGGCUCAGGAUCACGCCGGGAUCAUAUCAUCGUGGAUGAGUCCAUCACAGGUACCUCGGUAACUGAUGAUCGCGACAUUGUUGAAGUUAUCGAGGAGUCCUCCGGGCUGUCUUCCAUCUCCCCUGCGCCGCGGAGAGAUGGGAGUAGGAGAUCUGGGCGGGGAUAUCGCACUGUCGACCCGCUCGAGUACGGCGGUGGGAGCUCCUAUGGUGGCAGUCGUGACAGCCGUUACUGA